AAAAUAAAGGAAGGGUGAGCCGCAAAGAUGACUGCCAUUGACCCACAUCUACAAUAUACCAACUCGUACACUAUAACGGAAGAAGACUACAUGCAUCAGGAAGAAGACUGGGAUAGGGACCUACUCCUAGACCCUGCAUGGGAGAAACAACAAAGAAAGACCUUCACAGCCUGGUGCAACUCUCACCUUAGGAAAGCUGGUACACAAAUUGAGAACAUUGAGGAAGAUUUCAGAAAUGGCCUGAAGCUGAUGCUGCUGCUUGAGGUUAUCUCUGGGGAGAGACUGCCUAAACCAGACAAAGGAAAAAUGCGCUUCCACAAGAUCGCAAAUGUGAACAAGGCUCUUGACUUCAUUGCAAGCAAAGGGGUGAAACUGGUUUCUAUUGGUGCAGAGGAAAUUGUUGAUGGAAAUUUGAAGAUGACCUUGGGUAUGAUUUGGACUAUUAUUCUGCGUUUUGCUAUUCAGGACAUUUCCGUUGAAGAAACAUCGGCUAAGGAAGGAUUGCUCCUCUGGUGUCAAAGGAAGACCGCUCCCUACAGGAAUGUCAACGUGCAGAACUUCCACAUCAGCUGGAAGGAUGGCCUUGCACUGUGCGCUCUCAUCCAUAGACACAGGCCUGACCUCAUUGACUACUCCAAACUGAGAAAGGAUGACCCCAUUGGUAACCUGAACACCGCCUUUGAGGUCGCAGAAAAGUUCCUGGAUAUUCCGAAAAUGUUGGACGCAGAAGAUAUUGUGAAUACACCCAAGCCAGAUGAGAAGGCUAUCAUGACAUACGUGUCCUGCUUCUACCAUGCAUUUGCUGGAGCUGAACAGGCUGAGACUGCAGCAAAUAGGAUCUGUAAGGUUCUUGCAGUGAACCAGGAAAAUGAAAAGUUGAUGGAAGAAUAUGAAAAGUUAGCAAGUGAGCUCCUGGAAUGGAUCCGCCGCACUAUCCCAUGGCUUGAAAACAGAACCCCGGAAAAAUCAAUGGGCGCCAUGCAAAAGAAACUGGAGGACUUCAGAGAUUACAGAAGAGUUCACAAGCCACCCCGGGUGCAGGAGAAGUGCCAGCUGGAAAUAAACUUUAACACUCUGCAAACCAAGCUGAGGCUCAGCAACCGCCCUGCUUUCAUGCCAUCCGAGGGCAAGAUGGUUUCUGAUAUUGCCAAUGCCUGGAAAGGUCUGGAGCAAGUAGAGAAGGGUUAUGAAGAGUGGCUUCUACUAGAAAUCAGGAGAUUGGAGAGAUUGGAGCAUCUGGCCGAAAAGUUUAGACAGAAGGCCACUCUACACGAGUCCUGGACCAGAGGUAAGGAAGAACUGCUGUCUCAGAGAGAUUACGAAUCAGCUUCUCUCAUGGAAAUCAGAGCCCUUGUGCGCAAACAUGAGGCUUUUGAGAGUGACCUGGCUGCCCACCAGGACCGUGUGGAGCAGAUUGCAGCCAUUGCUCAGGAGCUGAAUGAGCUUGACUACCAUGAUGCUGCCGCUGUCAAUAGCCGCUGCCAGGGAAUCUGCGACCAGUGGGACACUCUUGGUACUCUCACGCAAAAGAGGAGAGAUGCUCUUGAGCGUGUAGAGAAGCUCUUGGAAACCAUUGAUCAGCUGUAUCUGGAGUUUGCCAAGAGAGCGGCUCCAUUUAACAACUGGAUGGAUGGCGCUUCAGAAGAUCUGCAGGAUAUGUUCAUUGUACACAGUAUCGAAGAGAUUCAGAGCCUCAUUACAGCACAUGAACAGUUCAAGGCCACUCUUCCUGAGGCUGACAAGGAAAAAAUUUCAAUUUUGGGCAUCCAGGCUGAAAUUCAGAAAAUUGCUCAGACUUACGGAAUUAAGUUAUCUGGAAUUAACCCAUACACCGUCCUAACCCACCUUGAUAUUGCCAAUAAGUGGGAGUCGGUGAAACAACUGGUUCCCCACAGAGACCAAAUCCUGCAGGAGGAGCUUGCCCGUCAACAGGCUAAUGAACGCCUGCGUCGUCAAUUUGCAGCACAAGCCAAUGUCAUUGGGCCCUGGAUCCAGACCAAGAUAGAGGAGAUUGGUCGCAUAUCUGUGGACAUUAGCAGUUCUCUGGAAGACCAGAUGAACCACCUUAAGCAAUAUGAACAGAAUAUUAUCUCCUACAAGACCAACAUUGAUAAACUUGAGGGAGAUCAUCAACUCAUCCAAGAGUCUCUGAUCUUUGACAACAAACACACCAACUACAGUAUGGAGCACAUUCGUGUGGGAUGGGAGCAACUCCUCACUACAAUUGCUAGGACCAUCAAUGAAGUUGAAAACCAGAUUCUGACCCGCGAUGCUAAGGGCAUCAGCCAAGAACAGAUGAACGAGUUCCGUGCAUCAUUCAACCACUUUGAUAGGAAGAGGAAUGGCAUGAUGGAUCCUGAUGACUUCCGUGCUUGCCUGAUCUCCAUGGGUUAUGAUCUGGGUGAGGUUGAGUUUGCUCGCAUCAUGACAUUGGUUGACUCCAACAACACAGGAGUUGUGACCUUCCAGGCCUUCAUUGACUUCAUGACCCGGGAGACAGCAGAAACAGACACUGCUGAACAAGUUAUGGCCUCAUUCAAGAUCUUGGCAUCAGAUAAGAGCUACAUCACCAUUGAUGAACUCCGCAGAGAGCUGCCCCCCGAACAAGCCGAGUACUGCAUCAGCCGCAUGACAAAAUACAUCGGUGCAGACACUGUUUCCGGAGCUCUGGAUUAUAUGUCCUUCUCCAGUGCUCUUUAUGGAGAGAGUGAUCUGUAAUGCCAAACACCUUCCCCUUAUGCCCUUGACUGUUCCCCAGCUCUACCCCCCCCCCCCCCUUCCCUCAAUCAUUAAUCUAAAGACAUAUUGGCCUUCCUAAAGUCUAGCACAGUGCCAAAUAAAAUGUAUAUAUACACUUUACUGAACGAAAAUAGCUGAAGAGUGGGCACCAAACGUCGAAGUGUGUCCGUCAUCCUCUAUUACCACUUCGCUCAACGACAAGGUUUAUUAUUUUGGGUAUUUCAUUUGUUCUUAUUCAUCCUCAAUGGAGUUUGUCAUUAUGUGACAUUAUCUAUUUUAUUGAUAUGUGAAAUUCAUAUAGUUAUUCUACAGUCAUAUGUUCCAGAAGCACCAACGCUGGAUGCAAUUUGCUGUACCGUUGUCAUAGUAGUACCGUAAAUAUUUCAAGGAGAGAACACAUAUUACAGUACAGCCAUAUCUAUUCAGUGUGUCACUGGAAUCUGCAGCCAUUGUGCCUAUGUAGGCAAUAUCAAGUACAGUGGUCCCUCAAGUUACAAUAUUAAUUGGUUCCAGGACGACCAUUGUAUGUUGAAACCAUUGUAUGUUGAGACCAGAACUCUAUGGAAACCUGGUAAUUGGUUCUAAAAGCACCAAAAUGUCAUCCAAAAAUAGGAAAAAGUGAGGAUUAAAGAAAAAUAAGUAGAUAACUAAUAUAGAUAAACCAAAUCCUUACAUAUAAAAGUAAGAAAGAUCUGCUGGGAGCUGUAAUCACUGUCUAUGUCAGUGUUUCCCAAGCAGGG